AUGUUUGCUAAUGGUUUUGUUGUAAACUUUAAUUCUGUUACACCUUUCUUUCCAAGUUCUUAUCAAAAUCGACCGACCCAUCAUCAAUUUUCUUCCGUAAAUUCUCUUUUGAAGUUGAAAAAUCAAACUUUACUCUCAAAAUCUCAGUUCAAGAUUUCCACAAGCUACAAACCUCGCUCCAGUUUUGUGGUUUUUGCAACACAGUCCAAUUUUACCAAAGUUCUGCAGAAUGCAUGGAGAGUUGGUAAAGAUGGAAUCGACGCAGGCACAAAUCUUGUCCCGAACUCUGUACCAAGACCAAUAGCAAGGAUUGCAGUAACUUUUGUGGCUGUGAGUGCUUUGCUUUUUGUAUUCAAGUCUAUCCUCUCUACAGUUUUCUUCGUAUUGGCUACCAUAGGACUUGCAUACUUUGCAUACCUAGCAUUCAAUAAAGAUCAAGGACCACCUAGCGGGAAUGGAGGAUCUACAACCAAACCUAUGAAUGAUCCUGUGGAAGAAGCUAACAGAAUAAUGGACAAAUACAAGUAG